AUGCCGCGCACGCUGAUUCCGUCCCGCUACCAGCCCGGACCCUUGGAAUCCUCGCAGUGGAGCCUGAAAAGGGCGUACCGCAGAUCCCUUGGCGUGAAUGCUCUAAACUGGUCCCUGUCCGUACAGCGGUCGAUUAAAACAUUUGGGUUUGGCCUCAGGGCAGACUCUUGUCCUGUUAUUAUGCCUGCAACACAGCGAUCCAGAAGUCUCUCCCAAAGCCCUGAGCCUUCAUCAAAUAAGAGCAGCAGUUGCUCUACGCCGCCAAAAAGGGGUAAAGCAGGCAACAAGGACGCCGAAUGGUCCGAGGUCACAGACCCCGAAGAGAGGAGGCGGAUACAGAAUCGCAUUGCACAACGCAAGUUCCGUGGCAAAGUUAAAGAGCAAAAAGAGAGAGCAGAGCGUGAAGCAAAAGACAAAGAACAUGCCGGCAACAGCUAUCGCAUUCCCGAGCCAGACGAUGUGGACAGAGAGCCAGAGCCAUCAGGCCUUCCGUGGGGCAGUGUGAGCCUGAGCCAUAUCGUAUCUCGGGGACAUGAGGCCGAAAGCCGCAAGAGUAGCGGGCAGGGAACAUACCUAGAAGACAGCUUUGUCGCUAGGAAUUACUCCUCGUCUUUCAGCUCUGAGGUGCGCCAGACUGCCAGUUAUAGCAGCGGCGGAGCCAACGACGGCUACCCGGACGAGAAUACCUACGUCUAUGAUGGGCCUACUUUUGGUCAAUCCUAUCCCAUGCUUUCCUGA